GAUAAGGUGAACUUCGCGCUGUGCUCGGGCCCUCGGCUCGAGGCGGCCCUGGCCUGCAAGGACCGGGAGAUCCUGCGGCUGCUGAAGGACGUCCAGCUGCUCCAGAGCUCACUGCAGGAGCUGGAGGACUCAUCCGCGAGCCAGAUCGCUGACCUGGAGCGGCAGCUCACCGCCAAGUCCGAAGCCAUCGAGAAGCUGGAGGAGAAACUCCAGGCGCAGUCUGACUACGAAGAGAUUAAGACAGAGCUGAGCAUCUUGAAAGCCAUGAAGCUGGCCUCCAGCACCUGCGGCCUCCCCCAGGCCAUGACCAAGCCCGAAGACUCGCUGCUCCUGGCCAAGGAGGCCUUCUUCCCGGCACAGAAAUUCCUUCUGGAGAAGCCCGGUCUGCUGACCAGUCCUGAGGAGGACCCUUCGGAGGACGACUCCAUCAAGGACUCGCUGGGCACAGAGCAGUCCCAUCCGUCCCCGCAGCAGCUGCCACCCCCCCUGGGGCCCGACGACCCCCUGUCCCCCAGCCCGGGGCAGCCCCUGCUCGGCCCGGGCCUGGGGCCCGACGGCCCGAGGACUUUCUCGCUGUCCCCCUUCCCCGGCCUGGCGGCGGGGGACGUGCUGCUGUCCAAGCACCUGAUGCCCCCGGCCACCUUCAAGGGGGAGGCGGGCG